CGCAGGCAUGUGGAAGGUAAAGCUGCUGGUAGUUUUCGUGUUUUUCAACGUGUGCUUCUGGAUUGGAGAAGUCAAACUCGGUCUGCUGCAAAAGGUGGACUUGCAAGCUCUCCGAGACCAAUCGCACCAGUUACUUUACAAGUUCAUCGACUUUGAAAAGAAAGACGAGGAGCAGGAAGCGAAGUAUUCGAUGUGCCCUAAAAAACCAAUAGUGGUAGCGGAACUAACGAGCUUUAACGAAUUUUCCGCUCAAAUGUGGCUGUAUGCUGACACUUGGGGACUUGGAAAGUACCUAAAACGAAAAGCGUACGCGAGAAAAAGCAUGCUUGAUCUUCUGAAAACGACCUUUCCCAACCUGACCCUAACACCUUUCGAGGAAAUCUCGCACUGCAACAUCUCCCACCACAGAAUAUCGGAGAAUUUCGAGCCCUUGGAGACACUUGAGAUGCGGACGGGAAACAAGAGUUUGUGGCUUUGGACCAACGAAAUGCUCCCCGCGGCCGUGCUGCCGUUCCUGGACGAGGCAAGGGUCGAGUUUGAAUUCAACACGUCCAUCACGGCAGAAGUGAACACAACGAUCCACAAAAUCGGGGGCGUAGGACGAGUCCUCGUCGGGGUGCACGUCAGGCGGUCGAAAAAAUACGUGGAAACAAUCAGAAACCGCUAUCAGUCCACUUUGGCCAACGCCAGCUAUUACUUGGAUGCAAUGCAGUGGUUCCGCGACAACGUCGGUGGGAGGAUCCUGUUUGUGAUUAUGUGCGAUGACGUACAGUGGACCAGAACCAAUCUUUUGGGGAUGGAGGACGUGGUGAUCGCAACGAAAAAUAAUGCACACGACCUAGCCCUUCUGUGCCACGUGGACCACUUAAUCAUGGACUACGGCAUGUACGGUACUUGGGCGAGCAUGAUGACUAAAGGGCACAUCAUAGCUCUCAUGCUAUUCGACAUGAACAAACAUUUUGAGAAGUACAAAAAGUUUCACCUCUUUGACGAAUCUAAAUACUCCGUUCGGAGCCAAAGAUAGCUGGUACGAAAAAUGACUCGUGAAGGAGUUAUGUACCAUCUUCAUCAAAAAUUUCCAUUAAUAACUCAUCAAUCUUGAUUAAAAAUAUGCUUGUGUGAAGAAAAAUAGUAUUUUGAAUUAAUUUCACAGCACUUUGCAAAUAAAAACCUCUUGAUUAGCAGCCUUCAAGAAGGUAUACGAAAUUUCUAUUUUCCCUAGCUGCUUUUAGAAUCUAUUUCGUAAUGCUGGGAGCAAUUUUUCACUCUUUUAAAAUAGCUCACAUAUAAGAAAAGAUGGCUUUUUUGGUUUAGUAGAACUUUUAAGAAGAAAUUCCUAUCACAGGGAGGUGCGAGUUGCAGGGUUGUAAAGAAUUUCAUUUUUCGUGUUUCUUUCCGUUGAGUGCAGGCGGACGUUUUUCAGUAUCGAUGAUUCAAUAUUCUCUGCAGCUAAUACUGUAUGGCUAUGGAUUUUUUCCGGAUGUAAAAUACUGCUGAUCAGACCCACGGGACCGAAACAGCUGCUGACACAUGAUUUAAUUUUUCCUUUUCAAUUUUUAGCCACCCAUUCUUGUUGUUUGCCUUUGAGUGUAGUCAUUGUAAAAAUAAAAUCAAUUUAAUAA